UACUCUCAAAAUGCACAUAAUGUAUAAAUAAUAGGUAUCAUAAAUUUACAAAAAGAAACAGAACUCGGAAAAAUACUUGAAACAUCGGAAUUUUGUAUAAAAGAUUAUUUAUGGAGCAUAUAUAAAGAUCGAUUAUUUGUGUAAAUAGAAUUGUUUUUUGUAACAACCGCAGACUACGACGAUGAGUCUUCUCCUGCUGAUAAUAUCCGCUAUUAGUGUUAUUAUAUUCUAUAAGAUUGCAUGGAUAGUGUGUGCCCAUUAUACCCUGCGGAAAAAACUCAGCCAUAUUCCCGGAACCGUUGACUAUUCUAUUUUUGAAAUAUUAUCCAAACAGAUCAAGUCUCAGGAUGAACACAUGAAAUUUUUUCUAUCGGUUCUACAGAAAAACAAAGACGGGCUUUACACAUCUUGGGUAGGACUGCAACCAAUAGUUUACGUGUUGAAACCAGAAUUUUUAGAAAGCAUUUUCCAAAGUUACACACAUGUCGAGAAAGCCAAAGUAUAUGACAUCUUAAAACUAUGGCUAGGUAAUGGGCUUCUUACUGCUCCAGUUAAACAGUGGUAUAGAGAUAGAAGAAUACUUUCGCCUGUAUUUCAUUUUAAUAUACUGGAACAAUUCGCUGUCAUCAUGUCCGAAAAAACGGAAAUUAUAAUAAAAUGCAUUGAAGAAAAGUUAGCAAAAGAUUCGACAAAAGUUAUUGAUAUUAUUCCAUUUAUGCAAAAGAUCACUUUCAACAUUAUAUGUGAAACUGUGAUGGAUGUAAAUGUAAAUGAUGAAGAAAUUACGUCAUAUCGAUUAGCUGUAAACAGAUAUCUUAAACUAAAUAUAUUGCGUAUGCAUCGAUCAUGGCUGUGGAUGUAUGAUUGGAUAUAUUAUUUAUUACCCCAGGGACGAGAAUAUAAAGCGACAAUUAACAGUAUGCAUAGCAUUAUGGACGAGAUAAUACGAAAGAAAAAAUUCGCGCGUAUGCAGGAUAAUAAAUCACAAAAUAAGCAGGAUGAUUCCAAUACACUAAACAAGCAGAAAAGAAAGAGCUUACUAGAUCUUUUACUGGACAUAAAUGAAAAAGACGGCGUUUUGUUAAAUGAUGAAGACUUGAGAGGACACGUGACUACAUUCAUAUUUGCAGGUCAUGACACAACAGCGAUUUCCGUCAGUUGGGCGCUCUUUUGUAUAGGCAAUGAUUUCAAAUGUCAAGAAAAGAUUCAUGAAGAACUGAAGGAGAUUUUCAAAGAUUCGCAGAGACCAGCCAGCGUAAAGGAGCUUUCACAAUUAAAAUAUCUCGAAAGGGUUAUAAAAGAAUCACGCAGGUUAUAUCCAAGCAUACCCGCAAUUUUAAGAAAAAUAUCAGAAGACGUAAAGAUGGACAAUUAUGUAAUUCCGAAAGAUACUUCGGUCGGAGCGCCAAUCAUGUUGGUGCAUCGAAAUCCAGCAGUCUGGUCGGAUCCAUUAAAGUUUGAUCCGGAUCGCUUUCUACCUGAGAAUUUAAAGCACAUACAUCCAUACGCUUACAUCCCAUUCGGCGCUGGACCAAGAAACUGUAUCGGACAGAAAUUCGCUGCAAUUGAAGAAAAGAUCAUAUUAGCAGCAAUACUCAGAAAGUGGAGAGUGAAGAGUAUGAAAACGCAUGAGGAAAUGACCAUGCGCAGUUAUAUGGUUUUGCGACCAAGUGAGGAAUUUAUACAUCUUCAAUUAUUGCCGAGGGAAUAAAGCGAGCUUUUAAUGUGUUUAAUGCUAAAAAUAUACGAUUUAUUAUAAUUAAUCAGACUUUAUACACAAAAGAUAAGAAUUUAUAAACAAAAAACUUCUUUUUACUUCUCUUUCUGUAUAAUUUCAUUGUAUCGCGAGACAGCUAUUUAUUAUAUAUAGUAUCGCCGAUCUAUAAAUUGCUUCAAAUGCGCAGCAUGUACAAUAAUACAUUAGAAUAAAUUUGCCAAGGCAAGUGUCUAAUUUAAAUUGCAGUAGAUAUCGUAGAACAUUCAAUGAAAUAUGUUCAGACGCGAAGAAAACAUCAAGGUAAUGAAGGAAGAUAAUACGCGAGAGCCAGGCGAGCGAGAUAGAUUUGUAUUGAUUUUACGAUCAGUCGAGAAUACGCAGUGUGAAUGAAACGUCGUUGCGUUUGUGCGUGCAUAAAACAACAGUGUAAUUCCGUACGUCAAAACUAAAUCUAUCAUAAAUCGCAUUUGAUUUUGCACAAAACAUAUGAUUCAUCUUUCACUUUAACUUUCAAGUUCACGUUGAACAUACAAAAAUAUUGAAUAGUUAAAGAAAAGAAAAAGAAUAUCGAGAAAUUAUCAUCGAGUGCAACUUUCGAAAGUCUGUGAACUGAGAUAAAGAAGAAUGAUUCUAUCUUUAUCUAUCAACGAAAUAACGCAAUCAUGUCUCGAGAAAAAAUGUUCACGUAAUUUACAACAAAUUUUUUUUAUUCAACACAUUAUAUUAAUUUAACUAAAGAAAAGCUAAAUAUCCAAAUUUAUCGAGAAAAUAAUUAUUAAUAAUGAAUGCUCAGAUAAUUAGUUGUUUAUAAAAAACAUAAUUAUUUAAUGUAUAUAAAUACACUAUACAAUUUAAUAUUGUUUUUUGCAACUUUUCAAAUUGUUUAAAACAUUUAAAGUUAUAUCUUUAACUUGAAAAUAAAUUAUCGAAUCACAUUUAGAUAAAGCUAUAUAAAAUGGAUAGACAUCUAUAAUUUAUCUUUCUCUCUCUUUUAUGCAUGUAAAUCUAUAAAAAUUAUAAUUAAUUUAAAAAAUAUUGACGCAAUUAAGGGAAGUAAUUAGUGAAUCAUUUAGUUUUCGGUUUUUCAGAAACAAAAUACGAGAAAGAUUACAAUAGCGUUCAAGGCCAACUUUUAUUCAAAACCAGUUUACGUCGCUGUAAAAAAAACUCGUGCAUAAUCCGUGAUCGAAUUACUCUGAAUUCUUUACUUGCUAUUCAAAUGAUAAGAUAAACAUGAAUUCCUCAGAUAGUAAAAGUACGACGUCAAAAUGACUACUUUUGCUAUCUCUGGGUCGUUCUUCACAAUCACAUAUUAUUAAUUACAUUAAUAUUAAUUUAAUUCUACGUGUAAUUUAACAAUUUAUAAUAAUUUACAAAGCUAUCUUUUAGUAAAAUUUCAUAAAUAUUUUCUUUCUCUCUCUCUCUCUUUCUCUUUUUGUGUUUUCUUGUGAUAAGAGAUGCUCUUUUAUUAUAACUAUAUUAUAAUAUAGAUCUCUUAUAUUAUAAUUAUUGCAAAAAUUAUAUUGGUUAAUAAGUAAAUAAAUAAAUUAAACAAA